AUGGCGUCACGGGGCAAGGACGAAACGGCCAAGUUGCGCACCAACAUUCAAGACCAGCUCAAUCGACUUAUCACGCAGCUGCAGGACUUGGAGGAGCUGCGUGAAGAGAUGGAGCCCGAUGAGUAUCGCGAGACCAAGGAAGAGACUCUCCAGCAGAUGCGCGAGUUUCAGGCCUUCUUGCGCAAGACUGCCGCUGGUGACCUCUCCCUCGUCAAUGAUCUCGGUUCCAUACAGCUGGCCAUCCAAGCAGCUGUGAGCGAGGCCUUUCAUACGCCCGAGGUCAUUGGCCUUUUCGCCAAGAAGCAGCCCGGUCAGCUCCGUGGCCGGCUAGAUGCACUCAAGGCACGCGCGCCCCUUUUACCGCUUUUGGCAGGGCUGAGGGACCUGAAACUGGGCAAGUUGUCAUCAGACGCCUACACGCAGCAAGCUCUCGAGAUCCUGACCGCCCUGAAGAAGCUUGGGGAAACGCUUUCAGCUGAGGAGCUCCAUUUCUUGUCCGCCAACAUGACAGCAUCCCUGUCGGCCUUUGAGCGGGUGGAAGCGGACAUUGGGAAAGGCACACAAGAAGCUGUGCUCUCGGUGGCAGGCAACCAAAUCAAAGCGUCCCGCGGUAACUGA